CGCUUGCCGCAAACUGUCGCACCACAUCUAAGCAGCAGUUGCGCCGAUUGCUGUCGGAGCGCCAACGGCAGCGCUCAUCACUGCCUGCAGAGAGCUGGAGCUGCCGCGACGAUGGCAGACUCGGCCAGCCUGCAGUCUCUGCUCAGUACAAAGGCCGCCCUCGACCUGGGCCUCAUCUCGCAGGCCGACUUUGACGCCGUGAAGAGCAGCUUUCUGCGGGCGCAGCAGAUCAAGUCGGCCGUCGAUGUGGGCCUCAUCAAGCAGGAGGACUACGAGAACACCAAGCAGAGCUUCCUGGGCUCCCUCCUAGGCCCCGCGACGGAGCCGGCGGCACCGGUGGCGGCUGCCGCCCCGCAGCCAGCAGCCCCUCGCGCCGCCCCUCCCCCGCCGGCCCCGCAGCAGCAGGCGGCGCAAGCGGCGCCACCAGCAGCGCCGGCGCCGCGGCCCGCGCCGGUGGCCUGGCAAAUCCCGCCGCCGGCGCCGCCGGCCGCCGCGGCGGCAGCGCAGCAGCACGCGCCAGCAGCGGCGGCGGCGGCAGCGGCUGCAGCACCCGUGCGCCAGGCGGCCUCCAACCCCGACGUGCCCAGCAACAUCCCAAAGAUGGGAGGCGCCAAGUCCAUGAGCGAAGGGACCUCGAUGAGCGGCAUCUCUGUGAGCGAGGAUGCUGUCAACCUCUUCUACCUCAUGCGCCUCAAGGCCACGUACAAGUGGGCCCUGUGGCAGGUGGACGAGUCCGACUCCGCAGUCAUCAUCGCUGCGGUGGGCGAGAAGGGCAGCACCUGGACAGACUUCCUGGCUGCGCUGCCCGACGCAGACUGCAGAUACGGAGUGUACGACUUCGACUUUGUCACCCCCGACGGCCAGAAGCUGCACAAGAUGAUCUUCCUCAACUGGGCCCCCGACAGCGCCAAGGUGAAGGCCAAGAUGAUGUACGCCUCCACCAAGGACUUCUUCAAGUCCCACCUGGACGGGCUGUCGCUGGAGUUCCAGGCAUCAGACCUGGACGAAGUCAGCGAGCAGGAGGUGGGCGACGCGGUGCGGGCGCUAAAGCGAGGCUGAGCAGUGGCGGGGUUGCAGCUUUCUGCGCCUGCCCAGCCGUCGCGGCAGAGCCUAUCGGCGGCUGCGGCGGGCAGCCGCGCUUGCCCUGGGCAGCCUGAGAAUUUAUUCGCACUGCGAUCUUUCCUCCUGUAUUAACCGUUAUGUGACC